CCGUUUUUGGCGUUCUUCUCAUAGUUUGCGAUAGUUGAAGCGAUACUUGAAAGCUUGCGGGCGGAGAAGGGGGGAAGAGUAGGAAAACGCUAGGGUUUUGGCUUUGCACCGUCGUGGGCGCAAGCUAGAAUCCAUCCUGAAUCCUCAUCUGCUUGUUUUCGAUUCUCCCUCCUUGUUCACGGGCUCGUUUUAGGGUUUACAUCUGAGUUUUAUUUUCUCCUUAUCAAAUUCUUGGUUCUUUUAGCUUGAAUUUGGAUUCGUUCGAGGAAAUGUCAACAGAGAGGAGAAAGAAGGUUAGCUUAUUUGAUGUGGUGGACGAAACUUCUCUCUCUCCGAAUAAAGCUAUAGCUAAUGGCGGCCUAAUGUACAACUCAGCCAUUAAUAGAUGGAACGGCCGGCCUUACUCUCAGAGAUACUAUGAAAUAUUGGAGAAGAGGAAGACACUUCCUGUAUGGUUGCAAAAGGAAGAGUUUUUACAGGCUUUGAAUGUUAGCCAGACCUUGAUAUUGGUAGGAGAAACUGGUAGCGGGAAAACAACUCAGAUUCCUCAGUUUGUUUUGGAUGCUGUUGACUUAGAAACCUCUGACAAACGUAAAAAGACGAUGGUAGCCUGCACACAGCCUCGUAGGGUUGCUGCAAUGUCAGUGUCCCGUAGAGUUGCUGAAGAGAUGGAUGUAACAAUUGGAGAAGAAGUUGGUUACAGCAUCCGGUUUGAAGACUGCAGUAGCUCAAAAACAGUUCUAAAGUAUUUGACAGAUGGUAUGCUUCUAAGAGAAGCUAUGACAGAUCCCCUUCUUGAACGUUAUAGAAUUAUUAUACUGGAUGAGGCUCAUGAAAGAACUUUAGCAACAGAUGUUCUAUUUGGGCUUCUGAAAGAAGUAUUGAGAAAUAGGCCUGAUCUGAAACUCGUAGUGAUGAGUGCAACCCUUGAGGCCGAGAAAUUUCAAAAUUACUUUAAUGGUGCACCUCUUAUGAAAGUUCCAGGAAGGCUUCAUCCAGUGGAGAUUUUCUACACACAAGAACCUGAGAAGGAUUACCUUGAAGCCGCAAUUAGAACAAUUGUGCAGAUACACAUGUGUGAGCCUCCUGGUGACAUCCUUGUUUUUCUUACUGGAGAGGAAGAGAUUGAAGAUGCCUGCCGGAAAAUAACAAAAGAAAUUGCAAAUAUGGGUGACCAAGUGGGCCCAGUGAAAGCAGUGCCUCUGUAUUCGACACUUCCUCCAGCUAUGCAGCAGAAGAUUUUUGACCCUGCUCCACCACCACUGAAGGAGGGUGGCAUUCCUGGGAGGAAGAUUGUAGUGUCAACCAACAUUGCAGAAACUUCUUUGACUAUUGAUGGUAUUGUUUACGUCAUAGACCCUGGGUUCGCCAAGCAAAAGGUUUAUAACCCACGGGUGCGAGUGGAAUCUUUGCUGGUCUCCCCAAUAUCAAAAGCAAGUGCGCAUCAGAGAUCAGGGCGUGCCGGAAGAACUCAACCUGGAAAAUGCUUCAGACUCUACACUGAGAAAAGUUUCAACGGAGAUCUCCUGCCACAGACUCACCCUGAGAUACUGCGGUCUAAUCUGGCAAACACAGUUCUGAGCUUGAAGAAGCUUGGAAUUGAUGAUCUUGUGCAUUUUGAUUUUAUGGACCCUCCUGCUCCGGAGACAUUAAUGCGGGCUCUGGAGGUCUUGAACUACUUGGGUGCACUGGAUGAUGAUGGGAAUUUAACCAGUUUGGGGGAAAUCAUGAGUGAAUUUCCUUUGGAUCCUCAAAUGUCAAAGAUGCUUGUUGUUAGUCCUGAAUUUAACUGUUCAAAUGAAAUCCUUUCUAUCUCAGCCAUGCUAUCAGUACCCAAUUGCUUUGUCCGGCCUAGGGAGGCUCAAAAAGCUGCAGACGAAGCGAAAGCUCAGUUUGGCCACAUUGAUGGAGAUCAUCUGACACUUUUGAAUGUGUAUCAUGCAUUCAAGCAAAACAAUGAAGAUCCUCAAUGGUGCUAUGAAAAUUUUAUCAAUCAUAGGGCCCUGAAGUCUGCUGAUAAUGUCAGGCAACAGUUGGUUCGCAUUAUGGCGAGGUUCAACCUCAAGUUAUGCAGCACAGAUUUCAGCAGCCGUGGCUACUAUAUUAACAUAAGGAAAGCUAUGCUGGCCGGGUAUUUUAUGCAGGUUGCUCACCUUGAACGUGCUGGUCACUAUUUGACUGUGAAAGACAAUCAGGAAGUUCACCUUCAUCCUUCUCACUGCCUGGAUCACAAGCCAGAGUGGGUUAUCUACAACGAGUAUGUGUUAACAAGUCGAGAAUUUAUCCGUACAGUUACUGACGUUCGUGGGGAAUGGCUGGUUGACAUAGCUCCUCACUACUAUGACCUUGCCAAUUUCCCCCAAUGUGAGGCAAAGCGUGUUCUUGAGAGGCUUUACAAGAAGCGUGCGAGGGAAAAUCGCUGAAAUUACUUUCUGGAUGCUGGGAGGCUAUAUCUUGGACAUGGAAGUUGGCAGCUAUUGUGUCCAUUUGCACCUCUAUUUUAAGAACCAAGGUAAUUGAGAAAAGCCCAGCAGCGGAAAAUGGAGAAAUGUGUGAUUGAUGGGUUUCUCCCUAUAGAAGCUCGUGGAUCCUCGGAGUCGCAGGUCACAGAUUAUAUAAUUUAAGCAAUUAUUUUCUUGUAAUACAACCUUCUACUCAAUAUAAAACUUAAUGUGUUCAAUUGAUGCCCGUGAAUCCAUUGUUGUAAGUCAUGGUCCAUUCUACAUGUUAACAACUCUGGAAAAAUGCUUUUUUGUGUGCAGACAUGAACUUCAAUGUGGAAGAAAUGAAAAUUGAGGAAUAUCUUCAUACUUUUUAA